AGUGCCGCCCGAGGCGGCCCAUUAAAAAGACGUUUCUAGCGCCGCUUGUAUUUUUGAAGUGCAUGGCAUGGGCAUGGGAUUUUUAUCGUGCAAUUCACUAUUAAGGUUCUAGAUGAUUUUGGCACCCUUGGCGGGUGCUCUAUUCGCCUCCCUUUGCACAUUAAUUACAUUUUGUGUUAGACCUAGUUGGCUAUUCAUUAGUAGUAGUAAUCAUAAGUCAUAAUAUAAUAUAAUCAUAAGCUGAAUAAGCUCAUAUAACAUAAAUAAUUUAUAUUUUAAAUUCUAAGUAAUAUUUGAACAAAACGUAUUAAAGAAGGAACUUGGAAAAAAUAACAUUGUAAUACUCUUCCAAUAUUAUAAUUAAAAUUUCAAUUAUUUUUAAAUGAAAUAUAAUAAGAACUUUUUAAGGUAAAAUUGUUUAGACAGAUCAGUUACUGUGUAUUUUUAAAUUAGCUUUAUAAAAACCGAAAAAUACUAGUUGCAGUUUUCACUUCCGGAUUCAGCGACUGCUACGUUGCUUUUGCUUGUAACUUGUAGGCAAACCAUUUAUACUUAUACUGCUUACCCUUGCUGAUCUAACACGUUUUAAAAAUCCUACUGUUAAAGAACUGAGCAUUAUACAACAAAAUAUAUAAGCAUGGAAUAUAUUUUGCCAUUAGUACCUGACUCCAUCAAGAGUAUUCCUGUACAUAUGGUAAAUGAAUAGAGUAUUGAAUUAUAAUUAAGUGAUAGUGAUAGUAAUAGUAUUAGUACACUCUAGUCUAGUACUAAGACCUAAGUGUGACUCUACUCUAUACUUAAGUGGAUACUCUAUGAACUCUAUGCUAAUUUACUACUUCGGUUUAAAAAAAAUCAAAAUUCAAAAAUUUAAUUUAAAAAAUGGUUUAAUAAAGCAAAUUUCAACUUUAAAAUUAAACAAAUUUACAAAGACAAAUGAAACCAGAAUCAACUUUCUAGCUUUAGACUUAGACUUUAGUACUUUUUAUUUUUAGCUAUGAGUUUUUAAAGAGUUCGUUUGAUAUUCUUACUGUCUAUGAACUCUAUGGACCAUGGAGGUAAUCCCUUAUUUUAAUGCAAAUUAUUAUUUCUAGAAAAAUAAAUUUUAAAUUCAUUUUGGUCAGUGCUAAGAAUGGAUGCUGUCAUUUGCAUGAUUAUUUAAGUUGCCACAUAGGAGUCACUUCCCUUUGUUUAUUUUUAGAUAAUUAUUUUUUUUAUGUAUUUGUAUUCAUAUGCAUUUUGGGUUAAUUUAUGCAGAUGGAGGUUGAAUUUAAUGCCCCUUCUCAGAUUCGUCUGGAAUGUCAGGGUGAAAGGAGUGGGAUAGAUUGGGUUAUGAGUGCUGAUCUCAUUGCAGACCGGUACUAAUGUCCCAACUGUAAGAAGGGUAUGAAAUUGUGUGCGUGGGCAAAUGCUUCAGAUGGGUGUGCAUGGAGAUGUCACGUCACAAGCCAUGGCAAUAUUGUGCCUAGCUUAAGGAAAGUGUCAUGGUUUAGUGAAAGUAAUUUGAUGAUAAGUGACAUACUUUUAUUGACACAUUUUUGGAUUUAAAAAAAUGCCUUUGUGACAUAUUGCGACCAAAGAGGGUGUUAUUUGGGUUACGGAACACACUGUCAGCUUUUGUCGCGAGGUCUGCAUGGAAGCAUGUGUUUUGUCAAAUGAGAGUUUAGGCGGAGUGAGUAAAAUUGUGGAGGUUGACGAAUCCGAAUUUGGCAAGCGAAAGUAUCAUAGAGGCAAACGGGUAGAAAGAAAAUGUGUGUUUGGUGGGAUUGAAAGGGGAUCCAACAAAUCCCUUUUCAGGGUUGUUGAGAACCGCGGUAAAGACGUCCUCCUGGCAAAAGUAAAGGAAUUCAUGCAGCCAGGGACCACAAUCAUUUCUGAUUGUUGGAGGUCUUAUGACUGUUUAGAGGACGAAGGGUUUCACUACCUGAGGGUGAACCAUUCUAUUGAGAGCAAAUACUCUGAAGCACGCGCGCACACCAACACCAUAGAAGGCGCUUGGAGUGCAAUAAAAAGAUCUCUGCCCACAAGAACCUGUUCAGGGGAGGAGCAGUUACACUCGUAUUGAUUUGAAUAUUUGUGGCGACAUUCGUGUAGCAGCAAAGAUCAGAUGAAAGAUUUUUUAAAUGUUAUAAAAAUUGCAUAUCCUCCCCAUUUACGAGAUUCAGAUUCAUAGAGAGUGAGUAAAAAAGUCUUAUAACUUUAAAAAUUUCAUUGUUUUUUUUGUUGUUUUUAAAAGCGUUUCUUGCCUCACGUUUAGGGUUCAGGUUAGGUUUAGUGAUCGAUUUAGGGCUCAGGGUAGGUUUAGGGAUCGAUUUAGGGAGUUCAGGUUAGGUUUAAGGUCAAUACACAGGUUAGGUUUAGGGUCAAUACCCAGGUUAUGUUUAGGGUCAAUACCCAGGUUAUGUUUAGGGUCAAUACCCAGGUUAGGUUUAGGGAUAGAUUUAGGCUUAGGGUUCAGGUUAGGAUUAGGGAUAGGAUUAGGGAUAUAUUUAGGGUUCGGUUUAGGUAUCGAUUUGCUGCUGAUUUUAGUUAAUUAAAUUUGCUUGUUUUUUUUUAAGGCUAAUUUUAAAACUUUUUUUUUUUUUAAUAUUGUUAAAUUUUCGCCUUUUAAAAAAAAAAAUAAAUUUUUUUUGGUUAGUUUUUUUUGUUUUUUUUUUUAAGAACUUUUCCAAAAAUUACUAGACUAAUAAUUUCACUUUUUUUUUUUUUUAAUUUUUUUUUUUUUAAGGCUUAUUUUAAAAUUUUUUUUUUUUUUAAUAUUGUUAAAUUUUCGCCUUUUAAAAAAAAAAAUAAAUUUUUUUUGGUUAGUUUUUUAUGUUUUUUUUUUUAAGAACUUUUCCAAAAAUUACUAGACUAAUAAUUUCACUUUUUUUUCUUUUCAAUUUCCUCAUCUCCCUAUUCUCUUAUCUUUCGGUAAGUUUUUCACCCUCCCUAUUUUUCAUCACACAUGUUUUGCUCUACUUUUUUUGGCCUUCAUGGCAUCCAUUCUUUGCAUUUACCUUCAUUUUUACCUCAUGGAAUUUCAUUAAAAGUAUUUAAAAGUAAAAUACCAUCUAUUUGCCGGAAUACAAUAACAAAUACUAUUUUUUUUAAAUGAAACAUUUUAUGUUUGUUAAAUUACUUUCUAAAUAUUUUUUGGAGCUCCGAGAAGUACACCACGUACUCGAGCCAUGCCUCUGGUUCUCUUGUCCAUCGGUGACUUAGACAUCGGUCGCUCUUUGAUAUUGGUGGAAUCCUAUUACAUCGAGACUCCAUGCUUGGUGUCUUUUGCCAGGCCCUUUUUGAAUUUCAUAAAAAAAUUUAACAGAAAGAUGCCUUAAAUAUACCUAUGAAUUUUCAAAACUAUUUCGAUCAAAAAAGGCUAAACAAUACCUUGGAAUAUAGGUCAAGAUGUCCCCUAUCGUGAACAUGUAGAAGGAUACCACAAUUUUAUGACCAAAUAGUCCUUUUAAUAAUGGAAAAACACCAAUGUCCAAAAAUUAAACACUCAUAUUCUCAUGCGCCGACCCCCAUUUCCCAUACCAAUUUUCAAGUAGUCUCCCUUGCUUUACCUAUGACCUAGUGUUAGUGAAUAUUAAAUAGCCAGUACUGAGGUAGGUAUAUCGGUAAAGCAAGAUUAUUCGGUGAUGAAGUAACAUGUUACUUAUAAUUGAUCUAUUAUUAUAGCCAAAAUGCAUUCUAGUUUUCAGAAGUAAUGUCAGUUCAGUGAGUAAAAAUAAUUUAGGCAUAAUUUAGUUUGUCUGCUUGUGUUAGUUGUGGACUAUAACAAAGAUAUAUAGGUAUAUAUGGGGAUAAUAUAAAUGAGAUCAGAUUGCAAUGCACAGGAUUGGGAAAUAAUUUCAAAUUCAGUAAGAAUUUACUGAAUCAUUUAAAUUUGCCAUGUGUUAUCUGAAGGAUUACCACAGUAUGUUAUUAUAUUUAAGAAAAACUUGAUGCUGGUUUUGAAGUCUUCAUAUGGUCAUCAAAGUUAACUUAGUUAUAUUUUUACUCAAGAAUUAUUAAGAGUUAUCUUCAACAUUCAAAUCUAUGAGAGUGUUGGACUGCAAUAAAGCCUUAAAGUAGAUUGAUUACACACAAACAAUUUGUGUUAAUAAAUAAUAUAUGUUAAGCUUUAAUGAUGAUUUUACAAAUAUAAUCUACAGUCGAACCUGCUUAUCUCGACCUCAGUUAAAUCGACAACCCAAAUUAUAAACAAUCUAUGCUUCUUAGUCAAAAUAACAAAUCCGUAUACUCCAUUGAAAGCAAAAUUUGGCCAAAUAUAGGUUUCACAUAAUAAUUCACAACAUUUAAUGUUUGUUAUGUUUGACUAUGGUAUGUAUAUACCAUGAAGUCUUAGUAUAUUAUUUUAAUAAAAUUUAUAGCAAGGUGUUAUUUUUUUCCUUCAUACUAUGUGAAAUUUUGGUCAAAAUUACACUUAUAAUUGUGAUGAAAGAAUUACUCAAAUAUUCCUUUAUAUAUUUUUAAAAACCUAAGUAAAUAAUUUUUUUAAAAAUAAUAUAUGAUGACCAUGAUAAUUAGGGGUGUGCCGGAGUCCGGUCCGGAAUCCGGUUCCGCCGGAUUUUGCACUAUCCGGUGAAAUCCGGUUCCGCCGGAUUUACAUGUAUCCGGAAUAACCGGAAUCCGGAAUAUACUGGAUUUCGGAAUUUGCCAGAUUUUGUGACUCACCGGAUCAUAAUUCUCUUUCCCGAAUUCCACACGAUCACGAUACAUUAAUCGAUUGUUUCGAGUGUUGAGCUUGUUUAAUGUUUAAUAUUCCGUACAUACCAGUGGCUAGAGUCAGCAUCGCUAAUAGUGGCCAAUAGUGUAGGGACUUUGAUAAGAAAAUUUAAACUUUUUGUAAAAAUAAACCAAUGGCAUAGUUGAAAAGAUGUAAUUUUUUAAAGAAUUAUAACACCAAAAUCAUAUUUUUAGCUGUUGUAGUUUUAAAGUUAUGAAUUUUUAAAGUACGACUUGGUUUGUCAUUUUUUAACAUGGACUGCAUCUCCACAUUCUGUGAUCUCAUUCCACCAAUCCCGUCAUGCGCAAUGACUAUAUAGUUUAUAUAAGGCAACGCAUUCCCUGCCUUAUCACUAAAAUACUGUUUAGACUUAGUUUAAACUUUCAACUUUGGCACAUGAAUAAUUAAUUAAAGCUUUCCCUGACCAAUGGUUUAAUAGUUUUUGCACACGGCAAACUCUUAUGAAUGAAACUCUGAGGUAGUACUACGAUACAGUUAUGCAAGUGGCUGUGAAUGGUUGCCAAUGACAACGUGUUGCACACGGUAAAUUCUGAUCAUUUAUAAUAUGGAUUCUACCGGGUUGUUAAAGCUCAAAUUAAAACAUUCCAGUUUAAAUGUCUUUAAAUGCAUUCUGAAACACAAGUUAUCAAUUAUUUUGAUGUAAAUAGUGAUAAUAAAUUAAUAUUUCCUAAGUAUCGUCAACUUCCGCCAUUAAAAAGGGGGGCGUGGCCAACCCCAUGGCGAAAUUAGGUUGAGCGAGCUGCAUGACCUGCUGCGAACGCGUAGAAACAUGGCGUCUCUCGUAAGACACAUAUCCAAAUGGAACGGAACUCAAAUAUAUAUCGAAAGUACUAAUUUAAUAAUAAAUAGACACACACAUCGGAAAAUUAAAAACUCGGAUUUUUUGGCGCCGAUUGCGAAUUCCCAUACACAAAAAGUAGUAGUCCACCUUGACUUACCGAAGUAUCUACCAAUAGUACCAAAAUCCGGGAGAAACCGGAAUCCGGAUUAUUCCGGAAUCCGAAUCCGGAUCCGGCGGAUUUCGCAUAAGAAAAUCCGGAUCCGGUUGGAAAAAACGGAUCCGGCACACCCCUAAUGAUAAUGAUAGCCCAUUGAAAGCUGAGCAAGUUAAUCUAUAUAACUGAUAAGGUCAGAGCUAUUUCAGGUGAGAUAUUUAGUACUAAAAAAUAUCAACUUAAGAUUUUGACAAAAUUGAAAAAAAACGUCAGACUGCAUGGAGUUAUAAUUAAAAAUUACAGAAGAUUAUACUGUAUGGAGAAUUCUUCUGUGUCUGAAUAAAUGGAAAUGCACUCGCCCUGACCAUGAUAAAUGGCAAGGCAGAUAGUAGACCCAAAAUAAUUACCAGUAUUAAAUAAUGCUUGCAGUUUGUUAAAUCCUUUCCGUCACUGAAAGUGGAGCAGUGUAAUAAAAUCACUGAUCGAUGACCUGUAAUUUACUAUGCUAAAACAUGAGAUUACCAGCACUUUGUUAACACUAACACUUGCCUCUAUAUGAUUCCUGAAAAUUUUCACCAGAGGAAAUUAUUUUAAUCUACCAAAUUUUAGCCAACUUUAAUACAUGUCCUUAUUUAAUCCCUACCAAAAUAAACUAUUGCCUUCCGUCUUUGCAGAAAUUAAAAAAAAAAUUUCAUGUGUAUCUUACUGACAUAAAUUACAUAUAUAUAUUUCAGGACUUUGAUGGCCAAAAAAGAGCUGAGAGGUACUUUCAAGUCAUCAUCAUAGUAUUUGCAGUAAGUAAGAUUGAUAUUCACACUAUUCUAUGACCCUCAGUGUCAGAAGAGUGUUAUUCUAAUUAGUAAUUAAUUUCAGCAGAAGCUGUUAGAAAAUUUUAUGCAACUGGGUAAAUUCCCCUCAUUGUCCAUAAACCUUUUAAAUUGUACCGGUAGACAAAAAUAUUUUUCUAUAUGUACUCUACAACCAUUUUGCAUUCUUGUCCUCUCUUUCAAUUAUUUUUCCGAGGAUACAUGGGCCAUUAGCAGUUGCUUAACCAUCACACAUGGAGAGAUCCACACAGUCCCCAGUGUGUGAAUUGGGGGACGAGGGGAGGGGGGGGUUUCCCAUGCAUGGUUGAAAAAGAAAAAAAAAAUCUAGUUGACAUGUUAUUUCUCUCCGUGUCACAGGGUUCACUAUGUUCUACAAUAUGGCCCUUUAAAACAUGAUACAAGAUGUAUGUUACUGCUACUGUCAAUAUUAUUAUGAUAAUAGAUACAUUGUUCUUAGACUUGAGUAUUUGAGCUUGCUGACUGAAAUUUGUGGAUAUCUGACAUUUUCUUCAAUAUAUCUAUUGAAGACAAGUAACCAGAUCUUAUGUUCUCUCUCCAGGUUGUUGGUUUCAUUUGGGGAUACAUAACUCAGUUGUUUUCUCAGACAUUAUACAUUUUGUUUGCUGGGGUUAUUGUUUCCUCAAUCGUAAGUAAUUUUACUUUGCAACUGGUGUGUUAACAUUUUUUUAAAAAAAACUGUUUUAUUUAGGCAGUAUUUAUUUACUAUAUUCUGUGUAACCCACGUCCUUAUUCCAUUCUUUGUAAUAGUAAUGCACCUCUUGUAGAUUGCCUUACUUCAGUUAACUUGAUAGAUCCAUUAUUUAUACAAGUAUACCACCCCCACAAUAAACUGUGUAAGUCCAAUUUUAGCAUACUACACUUUAUUACAUGAAUGUAAUUAUUUCACAAAAUAGUUGAAAAAGAUAAAUUACUUCAAUUCACAUGUUAAAUAGAAUAUGUAUGUCUCACGUAAUUCAAAUUACAUUCAAGAGAAAUACGUGACCUGCUAUUGAGAACACUAAAUUUUCACCUUCUUCUAAUAAGGUGGCUUUUAUGAUUUUUUUUUCUCCACCCACAAAAUAAUCCUCAAGAAUUAGACUUUUGUUUGUCUUCAACUUGUGCUUUAAGUGAUUUUUCAUAACAUCAAAUCAGCAUCUGUUAAAUUUUUUUUUCUUUCUUUUUGAUUCAGCUGACUUUGAUCCCAUGGGGAAUGUACAGAAAGAAGCCACUACCGUGGCAACCUCCUCGUGACCAGCAACAAGGAAACACAGUAUCCAAGGGUUCAACUCCGGCUAGCAGCGCAAACCAAACACAAAACAAGACCAAAAAGAAGAAACUGAAAGAGUAACUGUGUCAACAGUUUUGAUAGUUUUAAUAUUUGAAACAUCCACUCUUGCUUGUUUAUAUCUUCAUUUUGGAUUCUUUGUCUGACCUAGAAAAUUACUCUGCGUGAUCUGGGUCUUUCCCAAUAAAUUAUUGAGGUUCAUUCUGAAAUUUUAAUUCAGUGUUUUGUUUAAAUAAUAUAUAAAUAUUUAGUUCCAUGUUUUAAGAAUUGUUCCAUGUUUUAACAACAUUCUCAGUUGUAAUAACAUUGUUUUUUUAAAAUCAUCUUAAGUAUUAGUAUGAAUGUGAUUGACCGGUACUAAUUUUUAUGGAACAAUUCAUAUGUGUGUAAUAAGAUUUUUUCAUUUUGAGAACAAUUUAAAACAAAAAUUACUAGACAUUACAUGAAUAGGAAUUUUUAAAAUCCUCACCAAAUACCUGUAAAAAUAAUAUAGCUUGUUUGAAUAUUUUGUCACGAUUAGAAAACACUGAUAUUAUCAUUGUGGUUGAUGUUCCAAGUUGUUCUCACUUGGAGCUUAAUUUUCAUAAUUUCUAUUACCGGUAUAAAAUAUAAACUCAUUAUUUUUUUUAUGGGAGAGGUUAAUGUUGUAAUAAAUCAAUUUUAAAAUAUAUCUUGGCUUUUCCCUCUAAGAAAUUUUAAGUUAUGGGUUGAAAGAGUUGGUACAAAUCCAUUUUUAAAAAAACCUCCAGAUAUCAGAGGACUUAACUGCCUCUAGUUCACAGAUUAGCUAAGAGCUCUACAUCAAGAUGUAGUGACAAGGAGAAAAGUGGCGGAAUAAAUAUAUAACCUAAUAUUUUGAUACUGGUGAUUUUAUUAGUACAUUACAACUCUUACUUUAUACAAAACUGUUACACAUUCAUUGUCUCAUAAAUUUCCAACAGAAAAAAACAAACAAUAUGUAUUUGUUCUGUUUGGCUUUAUUUAAAAACACACAAACAAGAAAUAAUAGUCUUCUGGAUAAAAAUUACAUGGAUAUGGAAAAAAAAACAAGACAAAAAUGGGAACAAUAUUUAAAAAGAUUGACUUUAUAUGAUAGGGCUUAUACCCCAUCUAUUCUGUUGUUCAAUAAAUUAAAUUCAUCAUUUAAAAAAAAAAAAAGUACAAUUAAAAAAACAUCCCUUAAGCUAUAGAAAAUGAUUUUUGUACCACAGUUAUGUGUGAAUGCACUGGAUAUUUGACAGUAGGCUCUGCUAACUAAUGCUGGGUCCUUGGAAUGAAGCUCACUAUUCUCACCCACUGUUAAACAACCUCUUUAUCUUUACCAUGUAAAUAGUUGAAAGCAGAAGUUUUGGAUAGGGAACCAUUUUACUCAAGCGCCCCAGUAAUGAUUUCUUACAAACCAGUUGAUAUUUUAAGUUAAAAAUUUUUUUUUAAAAAAUCCAAAAUAAUAACUGUGAAAUAUUCUUUGCACUUUGUCAUCAACAUCAGGGGCUAUUCUUUGAAAUAUUUUUACGGUAAAAAGAUAUUCAGGAGUUAAAAUGACUCCUUAUAUACUUCUUAAUAAUAUUGUUUGAUUCUUUCAUCCAGCAGACUGCCGAAAAAAAGUUAUUUUCUGGUUUCCCAAAAUAUUAGCGAUCAAGAGCUUGUUCACAUACCAAAUACAUGCAUCCCAAAAUUAAAGAUUAAUUGAAAUUCAUAGUUAAAAUUUCACUGCACCUUUAUUUUUUAUUGUUUGCAAGCACAUACAUGGUUUAUGAACGGUAUAUUAAUCAAGUUUUCAUUUAGGAAAACUUUCUUGUAAAAUUUGUUAAAAGCAUGCUUCUUAAUAAAUAUUAAAUUGUUAAGAAAUCUCUAGUCAUAAAUAGCAAUAAAAUAAAUGACAGUUUGUACUAAUAAAUUACCUGGGUGAGAAUCUGCAUACGUUAACUCACCUAUUGUGAAUAAAAGUUGUCUUUUUUUCACCAUGACAUUGUAACACAAAAUAUUUUAGCUCAUUGUUAAAUAUAACUUUAAAAGGUUUAAAAAACUGGAUCUGUACACAUUUAACAAUAAAUUAAUAGUUUAAAUAAAAUCUUUUAGCUGGAACUGGAGGUUAGUUAUAACCAAAAAACAACAUGAAAAUAAGCUCCAUAAAAUAAAAAUAUGAUUCUAGGUGCCUCCCACAAAGAUGUCAUCACACAAAAUUCUGACAAAAUGAACUUUUGAUGUCACCCACACAUAGAAAAGCAAGUCACCCACAAUGCUGUAAAUAAUUAAAUCCUUAGUAAUGUAAGGCC